CCGGAGCCGGGAAGGGAGAGAAGGAGCCAGAGGAGGGGGGAAAGGAAAAAAAAAAUUAAAAAAAGGCACCGACAAUAACAGCCCCCCUCCCCCUCCCCAUUCAAAAACACAAAAUAAACCCCAGGGAUAGAUGAACUACAAAUGAGAAAGAGGAAAAGAUGGAACUGCACAUCCUAGAGCACAGGCUCAGAGUGGCCAGCAUAGCCAAGGAGAGCAUCCAGUUGUUUACCUAUGGAUUAAUCAAACUUGCUUUCCUGUCCUCCAAGACGAGGUGCAAGUUCUUCAGCCUCACAGAAACCCCAGAAGACUACACCAUCAUUGUGGAUGAAGAGGGCUUCCUAGAGCUGCCCUCCUCGGAACACUUGAGCGUGGCCGAUGCAACGUGGCUUGCCCUCAACGUGGUGUCUGGUGGAGGUGGCUUCUCUGGCUCCCAGCCCAUUGGAGUGACCAAAAUUGCCAAGUCAGUAAUAGCACCACUAGCUGACCAAAACAUCUCAGUGUUCAUGCUCUCCACCUAUCAGACGGACUUCAUCCUGGUACGUGAGCGAGACCUGCCCUUCGUGAUGCACACACUGGCUGCUGAGUUCACCAUCCUCAGAGUAGUCAAUGGGGAGACAGUGGCUGCUGAUGACCUUGGGAUAACCAAUGGAUUUGUCAAACCAAAACUAGUUCAGAGGCCUGUCAUUCAUCCCCUUUCCAGUCCAAGUAAUAUGUUCUGCGUCACCAGCCUGGAUCCAGAUACCCUUCCCACUGUUGCUACACUCCUAAUGGAUGUCAUGUUUUACUCCAAUGGAGUAAAAGACCCGGUGGUGGGCAACGAAGACUCGGGACACAUUCGCUUCUUCUCCUUUUCUCUCAUUGAGGGUUACAUCUCCUUGGUCAUGGAUGUCCAGACACAGCAGAGAUUCCCUAAUAAUUUGUUGUUUACAAGUGCAUCUGGUGAACUCUGGAAGAUGGUGCGGAUUGGUGGGCAGCCCCUUGGCUUCGAUGAAUGUGGAAUUGUGGCUCAGAUUUCUGAGCCCUUGGCCGCAGCUGACAUCCCAGCCUACUACAUCAGUACUUUUAAGUUUGAUCACGCUUUGGUACCUGAAGAAAAUAUAAAUGGUGUGGUCAAUGCACUCCAAGUCAGUCAAGCUGAAAAGCAUUAGAGAUCUUCUGAGCUGG